AUGUCCGAUACCGCCAACCCCAACCCCAACCCUCCCCAUCCCCCCAUAAUCAACUACAUCCUCUCCUUCCUUCUCGUCGGCUUCGCCUGGGGGUUCACGACCCCCUUUAUGCGAGCCGCAGCCCGAACUUACAAGCCCCUUCCGACGCCAGAGGACGAGGCCAGCAAGGGUUGGGUGAAAAGGAAGCUGGGCCAGGCGUGGCGGGCGAUCGUAGGGUUGCUAAAGAACCCGCGAUAUGCGGUGCCGUUGGUGGUCAAUCUGACGGGGAGCGUGUGGUUUUUUCUGUUGAUUGGGAAGGCCGGUAGAAUUGAGCCUGACGGUGCCGAUUGUUAA